AGCUGAGGGAGAAAUUCGUUCUAUCAAAGCACUGAACUGUCGCUUGAAUAUUGACAUGCAAGUAAAAUGCGAUGCGCUUACCAAUCAGAAAGCAGAAUGCACCCGUCUCCAAACGGCUACAUACGAUCUGCAGCAGGUUAACUGGGAUCUGAAACAGAAACUCGCGGAUGCCAAGUAUAAACUGCAAACGGAGAAACAACUACGGAAACUACUCGAACAAAGACAUGAUGACGAAUUAAAUGACAUCAAGAUGAAGUCAAGUUUACUGGAAGACCGUGAAAAGGAAAGAGGAACGCUUCACAGCAAAGAGAUUCAGAGAAAGUUAUCCAGACUAGAACAACGUCUUCAAAAACAAGAAGUUCAACCAGUUAAUAUAUCUGAUGAUCAGAGACAGAUUAAUGGUUUGAAGAGCGAGAUUGAGAGACUCGGCACCCUUCGUGAUCUCGAUCGACAAGCCCUUGAUGGACUCACUGCCGACCUAGGCGCCAUUAAAAGUUUGAUGACCUCUGAAAUCCAUAUGUCGACCAAUCAAAACAGCUCAAACCAGCAGAGCCGGACCGAGUCUCGCGCCUCCCGUGUUCAGCAAGCCCUCAGGAAGGCGGAGCUUAGUGCAAUCAGGAUGACGUCACUUUCAACUACCCAAUCAGACGUGCCUAUUGGUAAUCUGCUUGGACUCUCCGACGAAUUAGCGGACGUUUCGAAAUCGGACAGUUGAUAACUUUCAGAGUCUUCCACGAACAAUAUCAAACUCUGUUCUAAAGACAGGAUGCGAGCAAAAAAAGCUGCUAUUUCAUUGCAAAUAGCAGCAAAAGGGCAAACAAACUUCGAACCAAGUCCCUAAAUGAAAUUUUGUUAUCCGAUGACAUCGAAUAUUAAAUAUUCAUAAACCUAGUACUGAUAGCUUCUAUUUCGGUAUAUGCUAAAGACAGCAAUUGCAACGAUGUUUUAAGAUUUGGGUAGAUAAGGUUAUUUAUUUCAAUACGGAUAAUAUGAAUCAAUAGAGAUGAUGACUAAUCGGCUAUGUUUCUCAUUGAAACCGAGUUUUUUUUUCAGAGACAGAACGGUUUGUAUUGAAUUUUAAACAUAUUUCCGAAUCGUAAAUUACUAGACAGGUUAAAGAUGAAGCCGAGUCCAAUCUCUGCUGAACAUUAUGUAGACCAUGAGUUAUCAAACUUUAAAGGCCCAAUGAUUUUGGAAAAAUUAAACGUGUUUCAAAAAUACGCCUACUCUUGAACGAAUGUACGAAAAUUUAUUAAGAAAUACUUUUGAAUUAUCGUCAUUUUAUUUAGA